AUGCAUGUUUGGUCCUUUGAAAUAGGUCUUUUGGAGCAUUUGGAGCAUAUGGGACGUGAGGAGCAAGGAAGGACUUGGUGCAUGGACGCAGCUCAACUGGAUACGCAAAGGAAGAAGGAGGAAGUCAUCUUGAAGACCAGCUCGACCACCUACUCGACCAACCGGUCGAGUUCCCAACUCGACCGGCCAAGCUUCAACUCGAUCGAGCUGAGAAGUCAACAGUCAAACCCGAAAAAUGUUGCUUCCCCCUUGACUUCCUUUGACCCUAAACCUAAUCCUCUUUGUAUUUAA